CCUCCAUAUACGUUGCAAUGGAUACCGGCCUGGUUUUGAACUCCUCGUAGCAGUCAGAGGAUUCUAAUGGUGGCAUUGAGCCCUCGUCAGUUCCUAUUGUCGAGUUAAACGCUUUCAUAUACCAAGGCAUAUCUUGAUAGGCUCCCUGUCCCUCCUCUUCCUCAAUUUCUUGAUCUAAAUUCACAAAGCUGUUGUUCUCUUCAUUGUUUAGAAGCCAAGUUGCCACAGCUCUGUUCUCCUGACCCCCGAGCCCUUCUUUCUACCAUCAACCUCAGACCAGCACCUCCCUCCCUACAGAAUACUUCCUGCUCUGGGCUUAUCACUGUCAGUAUCUGGCCAAACAGAGAUUCUUUCUGCAAGGAGAGCCAGUUGCCCAUCAACAGCAGCAUCUAGACAACAGACUGAGCAGACACAGAAGGCACCUCUUCACAGUCUUCCCCCUCUCUGAUUUCCUCCAGGCAAGAAACCAGCCAAAAGGGGUAAUUUCCCAAGACCACCAUUGUAAGGAUGGUGCCCUGCAGAAUCUUCAGCAUACUGGUGGCUUCCAUCAGCAUUGUCCUUUUGUUGAUUGCACUGACCACCAAUUACUGGCUAGUGGCCUACGGGCCAAGCAGCAUCGUCCACAGUGGCCUCUGGCAAGUGUGCAUAGAUGGACACUGCUUUGCGCCAGAUAUGGCUAAUGAAUACAUUAUUGCCACGCGUGCAUUCCUGAUCUUGGCCUCCCUGGUGGCGUUGGCAUUGGUCCUUUUUCUUAUUCCCUCCAUCAUGCCUUGGGAUUGCGGCACCAUCAGCGGGCCCUUCGUUACUUCCAUCGCUGCCUUCAUAGCCGGAAUCUUCACGCUCGUUGCUGUAGCCGUGUUCACUGCUGAAUCCUGGGGGAGGAACAAGGACCCUCAAAUCCAGCUCACCUUUGAGUGGUCCUUCUACCUUGCCUGGUCAGCAUUUCCCAUGCUCUUAUUGACUGGUAUCUUCAGCCUCGUUGCCCACCUGUGUUCUUCAAGGUCUGCCUAUGACAGUCUGUGAGGACCUGGCUCCAAAGAAGUGAAGGCGACCUUGCAGUGAAGCUGCACCACAAAAAAAUGGGGGAAGCCCAUCCCCUCCCUCUCCCAUGCCAGCGAAACCCUAACCCUACAACAGUCCCAAUUGUGCUUUCAUCCCCAGUCGUUUACAGUGCCUCCUAUAGGGCUUGCAGGCUGUCUGUCUCCGAGGAGCUCAUUCUGGGUUGGCUUGUCUGCUAAGGAACCCGCUGAGUGUCUGCCAUGGAACCCCUGUGGUGAGCAAACGAUGUUUUGUGCAGGAUGCUGGGAGAGAGAUGUUCUAGAUGCACUCAGUUCAGGGCACUGUCCCCUUGCCCUAGAACACAUGCCCUACAACACACUCAUCACAGGAACAGAGGAAGCUGCCUGAUACUGAGUUAGACCAUUGGCCCAUUAGCCCAGUAUUGUUUACACUGACGGGCAGCAGCCCUCCAGAGUUUCAGAUAAGGCAGGGGUGGCGAACCUUUGGCACUCCAGAUGUUGCUGAACCACAGCUCCCAUCAUCCCUGCCCAUGGGCCAUGCUUUCUGGGGAUGAUGGGAAUUGUAGUUUAGCAACAUCUGGAGUGCCAAAGGUUCGCCACCCCUGAGAUAAGGACUCUUUGUCAGCCCGACCUGGAGAUGCUGGGGACUGAACCUGGGACCUGCAUGCAAAGCAGAUGCUCUUGGUCCUUUCCUGUCAUGGUGGCUAUAUUACCUCCAGGAUCAGAGGCGGUGCUACUUUACGAAUGCCCUGCUUGUGCGUUUCCCAGAGGCUUCUGCUUGACCACUGCUUGACCACAGCAUGCUGGACUCAAUAUGCCUUUAGUCGGAUUCAUCACAGCUCUUCUUAUGUUCUCGCAAGUGGGCAACCUGCAGCCUACAGGCUAUGUGCAGCCCCUUGAAUUUUCUCCACUGUUGCUGUCACUUCUGUGGUCCAGAAGAAAAUUCCCAACACUCCACUAUGCAUGGCGAAGGAAGAGUGGUAGCAGGAGUUACACUGUCAUUCAGGGAAUCUUCUCAGCCACUGAUCUUCUCCUGGAAUAACCCCUAAUAAGCUUCUGGAGAGCCACAGGGUUUUCCCCAGUGCACAGAUUGGAAACCACUGCUUAUGAGGAGACAGAGCUAAUAUUGCCUGCCCCUAGUAACAAACCAUUUCCUUGCCUUGAAGGAGAAUUGGUAGAAGUGUGGAUCAGAGGCAUUGUUCCCCCCACUUAGAAAAAAAAGACCAGGGUGCGUGGUAUACCAUACGCACAUAGAUAACCACACGGAAUCUGUUAUCUGGCACAUAAUUUGAUAUCCUGUGAACUGGCUUUAAUGCUUCCAGAACAACGUUGUACUCAUAGUGCUUUUCUCUGGAGCUUCCAUCCUUUGUUCACUUUCUUCUUAGGCAGUGUCCGAAUGACAUUUUGACAAGCCACUGCAUCCCAGUGCUUUCUGUGUUGCCCUCCUACUUUUUUUUCCACGCAUUAUCUCUGUUGCUGUUAUUUUUGUUUAAUAAUACAUUGCAAUGCUAGCUUAUCUGGUGUGGAGUUUGGCAAAGUGCUACAGGGGAGGUACCGUACUGUUAAUUAAAAGGUUAUUCCUUGCAAGUACUACUCUUUCAUUUCUUCCUGUUGAGCACAACAGCAAGACUGUUGUUGAAUAACCUUGAAUUGCCUCUUGUAAAUGUCCUCUAAUGUCAGUUCCUGUUGCCAAUAUGGGUGGUAGAUCAGAUUAAUUAUUAAAAGCUUUUUUAAAAUUCA